AACCGCCUUUUAGCGCUAGAGGGAAGCGGGCAAACUGUGUGCAGCAAAUGGCCGAGGGAGGAGGAGGAGAGGAGUUAAGGCUUGACGGAACUCCGACAUGGAUCGUCGCCGUUGUUUGCACAAUCAUUGUGUGCAUCUCUCUUUUCUUCGAGCGAUUCCUCCAUCGCCUUGGCAAGCGAUUCAUGCGCAAGAACCAGAAACCCCUCUUCCAGGCCCUCCAGAAGAUGAAAGAAGAGCUGAUGUUGAUGGGAUUCAUUUCGCUGCUAUUGGUGGUAUUCCAAGGAGCGAUUCAGAAGAUUUGUAUUCCUGAGAGUUUUACUCAUCACAUGCGGCCCUGCAAGAGCGAAGAUCUCGCCGGCGAGGGGAACGGCGGCGAAGCCCGCGGCACCGCCCACUACACCUCCGAUUUCUUCGCCGGCGUUCUUGGAGGCGGCCGGAGGCUUCUCGCCGGCGGAGGUUCUGGUACCGAGCUUCAGCACUGUGCUAGAAAGGGAAAGGUUCCACUGCUAUCGAUUGAAGCAAUCCAUCAACUUCAUAUUUUUAUCUUUGUUUUGGCUACAACUCAUGUGAUUCUUAGUGUUAUAACUAUGCUCUUAGGAAGUGCUAAGAUACGCCAAUGGAAGCACUGGGAAAUUUCCAUCCAUAAAGAAACUGCUGACAAUGCUUCUACUUCCCCAUCAAUCACUCAUGUUCACCAAACUGAAUUCGUUAGGCGCCGUUUUCUUGGCAUUGGCAAGGAUUCUGUGAUCCUAAGUUGGCUGCAUUCCUUCUUUAAGCAAAUAUUUGGAUCAGUAACAAAAUCAGACUACACGACAAUGAGACUUGGCUUCAUUAUGGCUCAUUGCAAGGGUAACCGCAAGUUUGAUUUUCAUAAAUACAUGGUUCGAGCCCUUGAAGCCGACUUUAAGAAAGUGGUUGGUAUCAGUUGGUAUCUCUGGAUUUUUGUGGUUAUUUUCUUGUUGCUGAAUGUUGGAGGGUGGCAUGCAUAUUUCUGGAUAUCCUUCAUUCCUUUGAUUCUUCUGUUCACUGUUGGUACCAAAUUGGAGCAUAUAAUCACUCAGUUGGCUCAUGAGGUUGCGGAAAAAAACACAGCCAUUGAAGGAGAUUUGGUUGUCAAACCUUCAGAUAACCACUUCUGGUUCCAUCGCCCUCAAAUUGUCCUCUUCUUGAUCCAUCUGAUCCUCUUCCAAAAUGCAUUUGAGAUCGCGUAUUUCUUCUUGAUAUUGACAACUUAUGGAUACCACUCGUGUAUCAUGGGUAGCAGCAAAUACAUCAUUCCCAGAAUCUCAAUUUGCGUUGUUGUACAGAUUAUUUGCAGCUACAGUACACUACCUCUUUAUGCGAUCGUUACACAGAUGGGGAGUUCAUUCAAACCAGCGAUAUUCGAGGAACAUGUGCAAGAGGGCCUUGUAGAAUGGGCACAAAAGGUGAAAAUGAAGGGAAGAAGGGCAACUUCUGGUGUGAGUGCUCGACCGAAAGAAGACAGCAUUCAGCUUCAGAAGGUUCUCACUCAGUCAGAUCCUCCCAUGCAGGAGAGCCGAGUUGAGAUUGUUGAAGUUGAUUCAAGUUCAAAUAUGCAUGAAAACAACCAAAAUGGCAACCACAAAUCAUGAGCAUGUAUUAUUUCCUACAUAUUAGCUGUCUUUUGUAUAUGAUCUUUUAGUGUUUAUAUCAUCAUUGCCAUAGAAAUAUAGAUACACAUGAUUAUUUUUAUGUAAACCUUCAGUUUUUCAAUUU